AUAUAAAUUAAUCACCAAAGUUUGUUAGAAUGAAUAUGUUGAAAAAUUAUUAUAACAAAUUAAAAUGUGUAACCGGAACAUUCCUCUGAGGCUACCUAAAACAGUGAUUCCAAUUCAUUAUAAUUUGACAGUAACACCCGAUUUAAAUUCUUUCACAUUUCAAGGCAAUUUGUCCAUUAAACUUCAGAUUUUAGAACAAACAAAGGAAAUAUUUUUACAUGCAGUCGACCUUAAUAUUAAGGAGGUGAAAAUAUUUAGCACACAUUCGGAAAGUGUGAACAUUAUAAAUAAAUACGAUUUUGUAAAGAUUGUAUUUGAAGAUUUUAUUCCCCCAGGAAUCUGGCACCUUCACUUUUUAUAUGAAGGCAUUAUAAACAAUGAUAAAAGAGGUUUAUACAGGAGUAAAUAUAACAAUGAAAAUGGUAAUGAAAAAUAUAUGAUUGUAACACAGUUUGCUCCAACAGAUUCAAGAAGAUGUUUUCCUUGCUUCGACGAACCUUGUUUUAAAUCAACCUUUAGUUUGACUGUAGUCGUACCCAAUAACUUAAUCUCUCUCUCAAACAUGCCUGUAAAGGUAAAAGUGCAAGAAACAAACCUGUUAACAAGAUUUGAAUACCAAACCACUCCAAUAAUGCCGACGUAUCUACUGGCGUUUAUUGUAGGUGAAUUUGAUUACGUUGAAGACAAAUUUAAUAAAAUUAGAGUGUAUACGCCCAAAUUAGAAAAUAAAUGCGCUACAGUGGCUUUAAAAUAUGCAUCAGAAAGCUUGUCUUUCUAUAAAAACUACUUUGGAAUGGAUUACAAAGUGCCAAAAAUGGAUUUAAUAUCAGUUGUCGAAUUUGACUUCGACGCUAUGGAAAACUGGGGACUAAUCAUCUUCAGAGAGGACGUACUACACCCAAGUACCGAAAAACCGUCCCUGCAUUACAAAAUUAGAGUAGCCGAGGUGAUUGGUCACGAAUUUGCCCAUCAGUGGUUUGGUAAUCUUGUCACGAUGGAAUGGUGGAACAAAUUGUGGUUAAAUGAGGGCUUUGCAUCGUAUUUUCAAUUUAUCUGGCUUAGUCACGCUUUCAGUCUAGAUGUUUGGGAACAAUUUGUGGAUGUUACGUUGGAAGCGUUGCAUAUAGAUUCACUGAUAAGUUCGCGCUCACUGGAAGCUCCAAUAACGGAGGCGGAAGGCAUAUUGGAGGUAUUUGAUGUCAUAACUUACAGGAAAGGUGCUGCAAUCAUAAAGAUGCUGCACGAUUUUGUUGGUGACGAUGUUUUUAAGAACGGCAUCAGAAAGUAUUUGAAUCAAAAUAAAUUUGGAAAUACCUCAAGUAGACACUUGUGGAAAGCGUUUGGUGAUUUUAAAAAUGGAUUGGUUGGGGAAGUAAUGGCGAGCUGGAUCAAUCAAACUGGGUAUCCUUUACUUGAAGUAAGUCGGAAGUCAGAGAAAGGAACUGUUAGGUUGGUCAUCAGCCAGAAGCACUUCCGGCAUGAGUUGCAAGAGUGUAACGUUUUAUGGAAGAUCCCCCUAAUAAUUUCGUAUGUGACAAGUGACCUAACUGUUCAAACAAUAAAGUUGUUAUUGGAACAAAGAGAAACUGAACUUAAGCUUUACAAUAUUCCUACAGAUUGUUGGAUAAAAGUUAACAGAGGAUAUUAUAGAGUUCAGUACACACCAGAUAUGUUAGAAACUUUAAUACCUGCAAUUAAAUAUAAAACAAUUUCCUCCUCUGACCGAUUAGGAAUCCUCGAUGACAUGUUUGCAUUAAUGAAAUACAGGAAAAUUACAAGUGUUUGUUUCUUAAAUUUUUUAAAAGCAUAUGAAAAAGAAACAUUUUAUAUAAUUUUGAAAAGGAUGUUAAGUAUUUUUCGAUACAUGUCUUGUUUAUUGGAGUACCACGGAUUGAAGGAAGUUUUUAAUAAAGCAAGUAUUUUAAUUUUUUUAUGUAUAAAUUAACUUUGUAACAGUUUCAGAGGAAGUUCCUUCAUAGUGUUCUGGAUCGCAUUAAUUUAAUUGAAUAUGAUUUACGAAAAAUUUUGCUGGAACACAUGAUGACAUGUGAUUAUGAGUUUGUAUCUGAUAAAAUAGAACAAUACUUCAACAGUGAAUUAUUUAAAAUUGAAAUAUCGUAUUACAUGAAGCACAUGGUUAUUGGUAAGAUGAGUGAAAAUGAUUUAAAUCGAAUAUUGGGGAUGUAUACUUCAUCAGACGGAGGCGAAAAAUUAAAAAUUAUCAAGUUAUUAGGAAAUAUUCGUCAAGAAAAUUUACUAAUAAAACUAUUGAGUUUUUCUCUUUCAGAUAGAAUAGUUUCACAAGAAUCUGUACAAUUAAUUUUGACCAUCUCAUCGUCUCUGUUAGGAAGAAAUUUAGCUUGGAACUUCAUAAAAACAAAUAUAAAUUAUAUUUUUAUGCGACUGAAAAAACAGUAUUUUUAUAUUCUAGUCAAAAAGUUAACUCUUUAUUUUGCAACUGAAGAAAUGGCUGUGGAAAUUGAGAAUUUCUUUAGAGGCUGUGAAUAUUUGGGCAAAAAUCUCGUCCACCAGUGUGC